AGGCCGCUCAAAAGGGCACGCAGUAACCCCUUGCCCCUGAUGGCCUGCGCCGGGACACGGGUCAAGCCUCCAGUUGUCUGCCAACCACCAAGGCGUCAAUACCUAAUAACCCCUCUGCUGCUCACUUGGCAACCCUUGCCCGAAAACAGAACUUGGUGGUCCUGGUGGACUUUUCAAAAACCAGUUAUUUUUCGUAGAAAGAGUGACAUGAUUAAGCUGUAAGGAAAAAGUGUCUUCGCAUCCAGAGGAGAGGGGGAGUUCGAGUCCCCUGCGAGGCGCUCAACAUGGCGUCCUGGCCAACUUUUUCGUCGAGAUGGAGGACGACGCCCUUCGCGCUGGCCGCCUUCGUGAUACUCCUGGCGGCGGUCUCGGAGGCUGGCAAGUCGAAGACCUUCCUCAGGAACAACUACAGUCCGCAAGACCAGUUCCGGCGCAACGAACGCGAAGACCCCUUCGACCGCAAUCCGAUGUUCAGAGCGUCCAGCUCUUACAACUCGCGCAAGGGCGGCCCAAGAACCCUGAGCCGCUCCACUGACCGGAGCUUCAGCCGCUUCGGAGGCGGUCCGGAGGCCUUCCUGGAGGCAGCGACCACGGAGCGGAUCGAGGCCGAGGAGGACGUGAUGGGCUUCAAGUUCAGCGGCAGCGCGAACUUCGGGGCGUCGAGGCCGAGUGGCGGCGGGCGUAAGGGCGGGCCCAGCAAGGGCGGCUCCAAGGGCGGGAAUCCCUUCGCGACCUUCGACCGUGAGUCGGCCCCAGGAUUCCCUCCAAUCAGAAAUAUCGGCGGCGCACCCGGCUUCAGCGGGGCGAGUGGACCCGGCUUCAGCGGGGCAAGCGGACCCGGCUUCAGCGGAGCGAGCGGACCCGGCUUCAGCGGGGCAAGCGGACCCGGCUUCAGUGGCGCGAACGGACCGGGCUUCAGCGGGGCGAGCGGACCGGGCUUCAGUGCUUCCUCCAGCUCAGCCACUUUCGGGGGAUCGCUUGGGGCGCCCUUCAACGGGCCUGCGGCGCCCGCCUACAGCAGCCCUCCCGGCACCUUCAGCGGGUCUCUGACGCAGGGCGGAGCCAAGUUCGGAGCCUCUUUCAACCCGGGCUUUAGCGGCUCAACCAACUACUUCGGCGGCAACGCCGGCGGCGCGUUCCCCGCCCCCAAGACGCCCUUCUCGGCGGCGUUCCCGGGCGUCUCAGGCAACAUCAACUUCGACCCCAACGGCGGCAACAUCCAGUUCCCGCCGCCGUCGGGCCAGUUCCCGCCGUCGUCGAUCUUCCCCUCCAUGACGGAGGAGGAGGGCGGCCCCAUCGUGUUCCCGCAGGGCCCCGGCGAGGGCGCCGCCGGCCUCAACCUGCCCUUCACCAUCGACGACGAGCUGGCGGCGCUGCUGUUCGGCAUGCAGGAGGCCACCACGGCCAAGCCGCCCAUCCGCGUGACCUCCGCCGAGGACGAGAACAAGGUCUUCAGCGGCCGCCAGGACGAGGCCGACGAGGAGGUCGAGCCGCCGAUCCUGGUCAGGAGGCCCGAGGUCAAACAAGGCUGUAACUCCAAGCCCUCAGCGCCUGCCAACGGACGCACGGACUGCUCCACGUACGCCGGCUGCCGGUCGGUCUGCAACCCCAACUACCAGUUCCCGAGCGGCGAGAGGCGGCUCUACCUCAUGUGCGACAACGGGGAGUGGAAGGUGACCGGCAGCGUGUGGGAGACCCUGCCCGACUGCGAACCCAGGUGCAGCCCCCCCUGCGAGAACAACGGCAUCUGCCUGGCCCCCUCCGUGUGCCAGUGCCCCGACAACUGGGAGGGCGACCAGUGCCAGAUCCCGAAGGCGCCGCCGGCCAAGAAGUGCUCCAACAAGCCGCCCACGCCCAAGAACUCAAGGAUUUUCUGUAGCAAAGACGAGUGCAGUGCCAGGUGCCACGAGGGCUACCACUUCGCCGAGGGCACGGCGCGCCUCUCCUUCCAGUGCGAGGACGGCGAGUGGGUCAUCCAGGACCCACGCUGGACGGAGACCCCAGACUGCGAGCCUGCAUGUGACCCCGCCUGCGAAAAUGGCGGCCGUUGCAUAGCGCCUGACAUGUGCCAAUGCACCGUCGACUUCCGGGGCGAACUGUGCCAGUACCCCACCUCCAACUGCGACCCCAAGAAACUGGGCUUCAAGGGAGGCUACAACUGUUCGGGCGAAGGGAUGGACUUCGGCUGCGCCUUCUGGUGCCCCCCCGAGGCGGACUUCGAGUUCCCCGCCGAGGACUUCUACAAGUGCGACUACGCCACGGGCCUCUGGUCGCCCUCGCCCAUCCCCAACUGCGACUACGGGUUCCUCGUCGUGACUCCCGGGGCCCAAGACAUCUCGACGGGGACUUACCCUCCCGGCUUCGUCUUCACCACCACGGAGUACAUCAGGAAGUCCCCGGGCGUCUGCUUCACCUGGUCGGGCUCUCACUACAAGUCCUUCGAUGGAAGGGUUUACAGCUUCGAGAGCUCGUGUCCCUUCACCCUCCUGCAGGACUCCACCCACGGCACCUUCAGCGUCAACCUCAAGUCCAAGGAUGACUGCACAGGCUCCUCGUGCUCCAAGGCCAUCCAUCUAUUCCUUGACGAUGAAGAAUACGUCCUUCAAAACACGGAGUCCGGCCAGCCGAGCCUCGAGUACCACGAGACGAACCUCGCCAUCCCGGGCCAGAUGAACGGGGUCGUGUCCGAACGCGUGGCUCACUACGUCCUGCUCAAGGUCGACGCAAUCGGACUCACCCUGAAGUGGGAUAUGAAGAACACAGUUAUAACGGAAGUGAACGAGCUCCUCUGGAACAGGACUUCUGGACUCUGUGGACGACGAGACGGCAACAAGGAGAACGACUGGGGUUAUUCCGAUGGCAGAACGGAGGAUAAUUUGAGUUCCUUCCUUCAAGCUUGGCAGUCGAAAACCAUCGGUGACCAGUGCCUCGGCCAGCCCAUGAUCAAGAACCCUUGCGGGCGCCGGCCGGUCUCCUCGCAAGCCACUGACUUCUGCUCGAGGCUCCGCGAUGACCCCAAGUUCGAACCCUGUCGUCAGGUCGUGGACGUGGACCCCUUCGUAUCGGCCUGUAAAUGGGACUACUGCGGCUGCGAGAGUGACGACCGGGAGGGCUGUGCGUGCGAGUCCUUCUCCGCCUUCUUCAGGGAGUGCACCAGCCAAGGCGUCGACCUGCCCGAGGGAUGGAGGGCGCCCGGACUCUGCCCCAUGGAGUGUCCGCGCGGCAUGGAGUACAACCCGUGCAUGUCGGCCAUCCAGCCCCGCUGCGGCCAGCCCUCCGACGACCUCCGGCCCAAGUUCUGCGUGGAGGGCUGCGACUGCCCCUCCGGCCUGCUCCUGCACGGCGGCAAGUGCAUCCGAGCCGAGGACUGCCCCUGCACCUUCCACAACAAGGACUACGGGCCCGGCGAGACCAUCCCCAACGACUGCAAUUCGUGCACGUGUCUGGGCGGGGCGUGGGUGUGCACGGAGGUCAAGUGUGGGUCUCGGUGCGCCGUGGUGGGCGACCCCCAUUACACGACCUUCGACGGCCGCCACUACGACUUCAUGGGCAAGUGCUCCUACACGCUGGUGGAGGGCAGCGACUUCACGAUCGAGGCGGAGAACACCCCCUGCGCAGGAGCCAUUUCCGAGGUACGUGGCGACGGCUCUUGGCGGCGACUCCGAACCCGCGCUUGUAUUUGUGUUUUCUGGUUUACUCGAGUUUUGGGUUUGGCGGAGUCA